AGAACCUCGAGUUCAUUCUACUGUGAAUCCCCCCACUACCACCCACCACAGUCAGCAAACAAUGCAUGCCUCCUAUUACUUGUCCAACGCCACAUGUCCUUCCUGGACCCCAUAUCCCUCCACCCUCACCCCCCGCCGCUCGCCAUCGUCAUCCACCGUCAGAUUCCGGAAUUCACAGCUCUCGAUCUCCGCAGUCGCUGCCUCACCACUGUCACUGAAACAACAGACAACCCACUCCAUGCCGCCUGAGAAGAUGGCAGUCUUCGAGUCACUCGAGGACUGGGCCACCCAUCACGUGCUGCCGCUCCUCAAACCCGUCGAACAGUGCUGGCAACCCGCCUCGUUUUUGCCCGAUCCGACACAAAACAAAGCCGAUUUCCACGAUCAGGUGCGCGCUCUUCGCGAACGCACGGCUCAGCUGCCCGACGACUACUUUGUGGUGUUGGUGGGGGAUAUGAUUACGGAAGAUGCUUUACCCACGUAUCAGACCAUAAUAAACACACUGGACGGGGUUAGGGACGAGACUGGGGCGAGCCCUAGCCCCUGGGCAAUGUGGACUCGGGCCUGGACCGCGGAAGAGAACCGCCACGGUGACUUGUUGAGGACGUAUCUCUAUCUAUCGGGUCGGGUGGACAUGCUGAUGAUAGAGAGGACAAUUCAGUAUCUGAUUGGAGCUGGAAUGGAGCCAGGAACAGAGAACAACCCGUAUCUGGGUUUCGUUUAUACGUCAUUUCAAGAGCGAGCGACGUUUGUAUCCCAUGGCAACACGGCUCGGUUGGCAAAGGAAGGCGGGGAUCCUGUGCUGGCGCGCAUAUGCGGGACCAUCGCAUCAGACGAGAAGCGACACGAGAACGCCUACGCUAAGAUCGUAGAGAAGCUACUCGAAGUUGAUCCGACGGGGGCGAUGAUGGCAAUUGCAGACAUGAUGAGGAAGAAGAUUACGAUGCCAGCCCACCUGAUGUACGACGGAAAGGAGCCGCGGCUGUUUGAGCACUUCUCGGCGGUGGCGCAAAGGCUGGGGGUAUACACGGCGGAUGAUUACGCGGACAUAUUGGAGUUCCUGGUGGGACGGUGGGGAUUGGAGAAGCUGGAGGGAUUGACGGGGGAAGGGAGACGUGCUCGGGACUUCGUAUGUGGGUUAGCGCCGAGGAUCAGGAAGCUGCAGGAGCGAGCCGACGAGAGGGCUAAGAAGAUGGGAGCCACAUUAGCCAAGUUCAGCUGGAUCUUCAACAAGGAGGUUCUUUUGUGAUUCAGUAACUUACAAAUAAACAAACGACUCUCUGUGAAAAGUUUUAGUUUUUUUUUUUUCUUAAUCACUAAUCUGGUCUGUUUUGAGUAAGAAAUAUUUUAGGUUAUUUUACAAAUCUAUCUGAAUUAGCAGUUUACUUUUAA